AUGGACGUGGUGUCUAAGAUUCCUGACAUCAGCUGCAGCCACCGUGACCCUCUUCCUAUUCUUCACAAGUAUUACCAGCCAGGAGACCAAAUCAUUGCUGGCAUUAUGUCUUAUAUAUACAGAUUUUCCAGUUCAAUCGAAUUUAAAGAAUGUCCCUCUAAUGACAUAUUUGAAGAACCCAUUCCAGGAUGGACCUAUCAGGCCUCAUUGGAACUCUUCUCUACACAGGGCAGAUUCAUCCCCAACUACAAAUGUGAUAGGGUGAGCAAUCCAGUAGCAGUCAUUGGUGGAGCUACUUCCGAGGUCUCUCUCUACAUGGCAGAUAUUCUAUGGAUCUACAAGAUUCCACAGUUCAUAUAUGGCUCUGCCCCGGUGAUAAAUAAGAAAGCAGAGGCUCUUCUGUACCACCAGAUGUUUCCAGAUGUGGACCAUGGAGAGAAUACAAAAAUCUGCACUGGGGAGGAGAAGCUGGAGAAUCUUCCUGCAACAGUUUUUGAAAUGACCAUGACCGGCCACAGCUACAGCAUCUACAAUGCAGUCUAUACUGUGGCACACGCUUUGCAUGCCAUGCAUUCAUUGAGAUUCAAACACAGAGCAAGAGUGGGUGAAGGAAGAUGGAAGCUUCUGAGUCAGCAACUGUGGAAGCUCAACUACUUUGUGACCAGCACCUCAUUUAACAACAGUGCUGGGGAAAAAGUUUCUUUCAAUGAAUAUGGAGAGAUAGAGGCUGUAUUUGAUAUCAUCAAUUGGGUCACAUUCCCAAACCAAUCUUUUCAUAGAGUCAAAGUUGGGAAAGUUGAGCCCAUGGCUCCCCAAGAAGAAGCGUUCAUUAUUCAUGAAAAAGACCUUGUGUGGCCCAGCAGGUUUAACCAGGCACAGCCCCUUUCUCUUUGUAAUGACCAUUGCCAUUUGGGAUAUCAUAAGGCAAAGAAGGAAGGAGAGCCAUUUUGCUGCUAUGACUGCCUUCCAUGUCCGGAAGGAAAGGUUUCCAACCAGACGGACAUGGAUGAAUGCUUUCAGUGCCCACAACAUCAUUACCCAAACGUGGAAAAGGAUUCAUGCAUUCCAAAAGAUAUAAGUUUCUUGUCUUAUGGAGAACCGCUGGGGAUGUCUUUGGCCUGUUUUGCUCUCUCUUUUGCUUUCAUCACAGGGUUGGUGCUUUGGAUUUUCAUUAGGCACCAGGACACUCCCAUAGUCAAAGCCAACAACCGCAACCUCUCCUACACUCUCCUCAUCUCCCUCUUGCUUUCUUUCCUCUGUACUCUUCUAUUCAUUGGUCGACCUGAGAAAGUGACCUGUCUCCUUCGACAAACAGCUUUUGGCAUCAUCUUUUCAGUGGCCGUUUCUUGUGUGUUGGCCAAGACAAUCAUUGUGGUCCUUGCUUUCAUGGUCACCAAACCAGGGUCCAGCAUGAGGAAAUGGGUGGGGAAACAACAGGCCACUUCCAUUCUUCUUUCCUGUUCCUUGAUUCAAGCUGCUCUUUGUACUGUGUGGCUGGCAACUUCUCCCCCAUUCCCAGAUUUAGACAUGCAAUCAGUGAGUAGAGAAAUUGUUCUGCAAUGUAAUGAAGGGUCAGUCACCAUGUUCUACUGUGUCUUGGGGUUUAUGGGCUUGCUGGCCAUUGUCAGCUUCUGUGUAGCCUUCCUAGCCAGGAAGUUACCUGACAGCUUUAAUGAAGCCAAGUUUAUCACCUUCAGCAUGCUGGUAUUUUGCAGUGUGUGGCUGUCCUUUGUUCCAACUUAUUUAAGCACAAAAGGAAAAUAUAUGGUGGCUGUGGAGAUCUUCUCCAUCUUGGCCUCCAGUGCUGGUUUACUAGGCUGUAUAUUUUCACCUAAAUGUUAUAUAAUUAUGGUGAAGCCUGAGUUGAAUAGCAAGGAGCAACUCAGAAGGAAGAAUUGA